UCACUGCGAGGGGCGCCCGGCCACAUCAGGGCCCUGCUCAAACCCGCGCCCCCGCCCUGUUCAAGCUGGGCCUGGAGUUACGGCUGGGUGCGCAGGGCCCCGUCACCCCGGCCUCGGGGCACCUUCUGGAGACUCGCACUCUCGUCUCCUGGCCCCGUGAAGUGCGGAGAAAUCAAGUAGUUGGGCCAGAGUCUGGCUGAAUGCAGCUCUCCUAAGACCACAUACGGUGCCUUAACCUCAAGGCUGCUCUUCAGCUUAGGCUAGAGUUGCGAAGAUGUACAAUUUUUUCUCUUCAAAUCUGGUCUAAAAAUAGAAGUUGUGGUGAUGGGUUUGUCUGCUUCAUCUCCAUCCAUUGCCCUUCACUCACCAAAUAUAUCUGUAAACCCUCAGACAGCAUCUGCACCUUCAGAAUGUCCAAUGCAUCAGGAAAAAAUGGAAGGUUGUCCAAUGCACAUGAAAUUUCCUGACCAAGGUGCUGAGAACCAAAAUAAUACUGUUCCUGCACAUCAAGAUAAAGCAUAUGAAUAUGUGGCGUGUCCUAUGAAAUCUAGUACAUCUCUAAUAAAGGAUGACAUAGAUCCUAGAAAUAUGAUGCCACCACCUAAUCAAAUGCCAUCCCAGGAUCAGCCAUUUCCACUAUCAACUGUCAGAGAAGAAUCUUCCAUUCCUAGAGCACAGUCAGAACAAAAAUGGGUUUAUCCUUCUGAGCAAAUGUUUUGGAAUGCUAUGCUGAGGAAGGGAUGGAGGUGGAAAGAUGAUGACAUAAACCCCAACGAUAUGAGUAAUAUUAUUAAGAUUCAUAAUCAGAACAAUGAGCAGGCUUGGAAAGAGAUUUUAAAGUGGGAAGCUCUUCAUGCUAUAGAAUGCCCAUGUGGACCAUCAUUGAUGCGGUUUGGAGGUAAAGCUAAGGAAUAUUCACCCAGAGCUAGAAUACGAUCUUGGAUGGGAUAUGAACUUCCUUUUGACAGACAUGAUUGGAUUGUUGAUCGUUGUGGAAAAGAAGUCAGAUAUGUUAUUGAUUAUUAUGAUGGUGGGGAAGUAGAUAAGAAUUAUCAGUUCACCAUCUUGGAUGUCCGUCCUGCAUUUGAUUCUUUCUCUGCUGUGUGGGACAGAAUGAAAGUAGCUUGGUGGCGUUGGACUUCAUAAUUGUACUGAAACUGUUUUUUCUCAAAUUGAAGAUGAGCUGCCAUUGGAACUUUAAAUAAAGAUAAUAAUGCGUUUAUCUUCAUUAACCAACAUUGUCCUUUUCUCUGGGGGGAUAACACUAUGCUUUGUAGGUUUUGUAUGAACAAAUACUUCAUACCAUCUUUAAAAGUCAGGUACAUGCUUUUCGCUAUUAGGUUUAUUUCCAUGUUCAAGUUUCCUCAUAGCUGAAAAAUUGGUGUUCUUUACAGUUAUUUAAGACUAACCUGCACAAAAUUAGUGAUUCUCACAAAGUGCCAGUCAUGAUGGGGCCUGAUCCUGAUUGAUACUAUUGCAAUAUAGAGUUCUGUAAGUGUUUAUACUUGGUCAUUAAAAGUGGUACACGUAUACAGUGACAGGUGUUGUGUAAAAUCUAGAUAGAUAAUUUAUUGUUGCAAACAAGUAAUGUAUUUAGUUACACACAGGUAUUUUACUCAUCCACAUCUAAAUCUGCUGAGAUGAUUUCAGUUGUCUGUUUAAUUACAAAACUAUGGCCUGUGAAUAUUUUAAAGUUAUGUUAACUGAAACUAAUGUAGGAAGAUGAGUGUCAUUAUUUGCAACAUCCUGAGGUUAGGUGGUUGUCUCAGACUUUUUUAAGGAAAAGCAAUUAAUAAUUUGAAGAAGUGUGAUGGUUACUUCUAAAAAUGCUACUUCUGUAUUAUAAAAAGCAGGAAAUAAAAUGGAAUUUCAGAGUGGUUAAGUUUCAAUUUUUUAAGUUCUGAAAAAUGCAGGGUUUGAGUUAAUUGAAUAUAUACUUAACACCUACUGAAAGCAAUGUUUUUUUUUUAUAUGGAAACUCUGCAAAGCAGAAUUAAGUCUAUUGUAUGAAAUCUUAAUUUUUGGGGUGAGAAACUGUCUCUCCUAAGAAAAAGAUAAUUGGACUGUGUUCAAUUUUUACAUAUUUUGGGGAAUAUAUCAUUACAUUCAAAUUUUUUAGUCCGUGUUUUGCAGAUUUGGUAUAUAGUAACUUACUGUAUGCUGAAAUGUGUUAUGUAAAAAGUAUAAAUGUAGAGUAUCAAAAAUAUUAAAGUAUGAACUUGAUUUGACUAUUGAAAAAUAGCUUUUUCUUGCUAUUAUAAUAUAGAUAUUUAAAGUUACUUAUUGUGCCUGGUAGUCCUGUGUGCUUCCACUGGCUGUGUAUGAAUUAAACUUCAUUCUUUGCAAUGCUUGAAUAUUACUUAAGAAAUGUAAUAUUUUGUCAUUUGAUUCUCUUUUGUAAUAAAGUGAACUUUUUUUUUAAA